CAACCUGGAGGAGGGGGAUUUCUCAGGAGCCGACGGCUUUCGCACGCUCGGGACCGUCACCUCCCGGCUCCCAGCGUUCCCUACGCUCCCGAAAAUUCCGCGCUCCCGCUGCCCGGACGGGGUCCCAACCCGCGGCAUCUCCGGGAGGGGCAGCGGGGGCGGGGCAGGGGCGGGGCGGGGCGCGGGCAGUCGAGGACGGACGCGCGCGCGCGCCGGCCACGAGGACGCCCCGCCCUCCGCCCCCAGAAGGCGGCGGUGAGGGGCCGACGUCAGCCGUGGGAAAUCCCCCUCCCGCCGGGCUGGUCGCCUCUCGGCCUCGCCGGGCUCGGCUGUCGCCGCGCUCCGCCCCCUGUGCCUGGCUCCCGCAGCCUGGACCGGCGGCGCCGGCUGACCGGAGCGCGAGAAUUAAGGGGGUGGGGAAGGUGUGAGCCGCAAACCCAGAGGAGGGCGGGAAGGAGGAGGAGGCCCGGGAGUGCUCAGGGGACCUGGGGGUCCCGCCGCCAGAGGUCCCUCGGCCGCGCGACUGACGGGAGGGCUCCGUGCCGACGGCAGCCUGCGCGCGGUCGGACGCCUGGAGCGCGGCGGCGCGGGAGCGGAGCCAUGGCCUCCGGUGGGUAUAACCCAUAUAUAGAGAUAAUGGAACAACCCAGGCAGAGGGGAAUGCGUUUUAGAUACAAAUGUGAAGGGCGAUCAGCGGGCAGCAUUCCAGGGGAGCACAGCACAGACAACAACCGAACAUACCCAUCCAUCCAGAUUAUGAACUAUUAUGGAAAAGGAAAAGUGAGAAUUACAUUAGUAACAAAGAGUGACCCAUAUAAACCUCAUCCUCAUGAUUUAGUAGGAAAAGACUGCAGAGAUGGCUACUAUGAAGCAGAAUUUGGACAAGAACGCAGACCUUUGUUUUUUCAAAAUUUGGGCAUUCGAUGUGUAAAGAAAAAAGAAGUAAAAGAAGCUAUUGUUGCAAGAAUAAGGGCAGGAAUCAAUCCUUUCAAUGUCCCUGAAGCACAGCUGCUUGAUAUUGAAGAUUGUGACCUCAACGUGGUGAGACUGUGUUUUCAAGUUUUCCUCCCUGAUGAACAUGGUAAUUUGACAACUGCUCUACCUCCUGUUGUCUCUAACCCGAUUUAUGACAACCGUGCUCCUAAUACUGCAGAAUUAAGAAUUUGUCGUGUAAACAAGAACUGUGGAAGUGUCAGAGGAGGAGAUGAAAUAUUUCUACUCUGUGACAAAGUUCAGAAAGACGACAUAGAAGUUCGGUUUGUGUUGAAUGAUUGGGAAGCAAAAGGUAUCUUUUCACAAGCUGAUGUCCACCGUCAAGUAGCCAUUGUUUUCAAGACUCCACCAUAUUGCAAAGCCAUAACAGAGCCGGUGACAGUGAAAAUGCAGUUGCGGAGGCCUUCUGACCAGGAAGUUAGCGAAUCUAUGGAUUUUAGAUAUCUGCCGGAUGAAAAAGAUACUUACGGCAAUAAAGCAAAGAAACAAAAAACAACUCUACUUUUCCAGAAACUGUGGCAAGAUUGUGCUGUUAGUUUUCCUGAAAGACCUAGACCUGGUCCCCUAGGAUCAACUGGAGAAGGAAGAUUCAUCAAAAAAGAAUCAAACUUGUUUUCUCAUGGUGCAGUUUUGACAGAAAUGCCCAGGACUUCAGGAGUUUCAAGUCAAACAGAAUCCUACUAUUCCUCAUCUGUAUCCAUCUCAAAUGCAUUGUCACAUCAUGCUCCAGCCAUACCCUCAAUGGUGCCUCAGCCUUCUUCAAGCUGGUCGUCAGUGGCCCACCCCACCUCACACUCAGUCAAUACAAAUCCACUGAGUAGUUUUUCAACAGGGACACUUUCCUCUAAUUCACAAGGUAUCUCACCAUUCCUGGAAAUACCUCUUGUGACUGAUUUGAAUGCUUCUAAUGCCUGCAUUUAUAACAAUACUAAUGACAUAGGCAGAGUGGAAGCAUCAUCCAUGUCACCAGCUGACUUAUAUGGUAUUUCUGAUGCCAACAUGCUGCCUAAUUGCCCUGUGAAUAUGAUAACGCCAAGUAAUGACAGCAUGAGGGAGACUGAUAAUCCGAGACUUGUGAGUGUGACUCUUGAAAACCCCUCAUGUAAUUCAGUGUUACACCCAAGAGACUUGAGACAGCUCCAUCAGAUGUCCUCUUCCAGUAUGUCAGCAGGCGCCAGUUCCAGUAGUACUGCUUUUGUUUCACAGUCAGAGGCAUUUGAGGGAUCUGACUUCAACUGUGCAGAUAACAGUAUGAUAAAUGAGUCAGGACCAUCAAACGAUACUAAUCCAAACAGUCAUAAUUUUGUUCAAAGUAGUCAGUAUUCAGGUAUUGGCACUCUGCAGAAUGAGCAAUUGAGCGACUCAUUUGCAUUUGACUUUUUUCCAGUUAACUUGUAAGAUUUAAAUGGUGAGUCAAGAUUUAAAUAUUUGCAACCAUUUUGAUCUUACCUAUAUAGAUGAACAUUUUCUAUUUCUCUGCCCAAGCCUAUAAACGUGGGUUUGGGAUUUUUUUGGUUUUAUCUUUGAGGGCUGAUAGUCCAAAAACUUAUUUAUCAGAGAGCAGUGUAAAACUUUGGGUAUGUAGGGGAUUCCUCUACAGGUAGUAUUGGCUCCAGAGUGCCUUGUUUAGCUGGCAGAGAAUUUAUCAGGAUCUGAUGAAAGAUGAAUGCUCAGUGCUGAAGCUGCAGCUGAAAGACGGGUGAACUCACUUCCCAACUUCAGGAAGAGCUGGACAAAGUCCAGCGUGUACAGAAGAUUUUGCUUCAAGAGUAGAUAAAUCCACACAGGCUGAACUUCUAGGCUAUGAUGCCCUGUGGAAUCCUAUAUACACUGAAAGUUUGUUUAAAGCAGUAAAUAUUUCAGCCUAGGUUUAGUCAUUAUUUGACCAUAAGAAGUGUAUAAUGAAUCUGUGACAUGUUAAAUAUUGAAUAAAAUCAAUUGUUCUAUUAAAAAAAAAAAACUUUGGUUAUGUAGAAUACAAAGUUGGAAACUGUCAUAAAAGGAAAACUCCAAAAUAGAAAUUAAAAGGGCUUUACUGUUUCUUCUUAUGAAACAUGUGACCCGAUACUGUUCACAGUGGGAAUUCUGUCUUUAGAGUCCCACCACAUUUCCCAGGACAGACUGAGGGGAGAGCGUUAGAGCAAGCUCCCAUUUUCCAAAUAUACUUUUUUAUAUUUCUUUUAUAAUGUAUUAAUAUAUUCUUAGUUAAAUGAAUUAACUGAUAUUUGCUUUCAAGCAAAUUUAAGGUAAAACCUGUAAUGGCUAUGCCAUUGGAAAAAUAAAUUCAUUACAGUUUUUGAGGCCUGUGGGCCAAGGUGACCCCUAAGGGGUUUUCUGAAGCUUCUUGCAGAUUCUUAGGUUUAUAGUUAUCCCUCAGUAUCUUUGCGAGAUUGGUUCCAGGAGCCCCCGCAGAUAACUGAAAUCUGAUAAUGUUCAAUUCCCUUAUAUAAUAUAGUGUGGUACAGUGAAUACAGUUGGCCCUCCUAUUCUGAUGUGGGCUUCCCCCAGCCGCCCCCGUUGUAUAUCUUAGUCACAGAUUCUUCUAGUUGUGGGAUGUGGGACGCUGCCUCAACAUGGCCUGACGAGCGGUGCCAUGUCCGCACCCAGGAUCCGAACCCUGGGCCGCCACAGUGGAGCGCGUGAACUUAACCGCUCGGCCAUGAAGCCAGCCCCUAAAUGGGUUUUUUUUUAAAUUAAAUAAGCAGUUGACUUGUUUUGCAGUUUUCUUCUAUGUAAGCCGAAUUAAGGGUACUGCUACAUCUGUGUUUUAGAAGAUUUCCAAUGGAGUUUUCAUUUUUCAGGUGCUAUUUACUGAUCAUAGAAAUUAUUUUAUAAUUUAAAAAGCAUUUGGCAACCUGCUUCUCCUCUAUCUUUAAAUGUAUUUACCCUUUCGCCUGUUCUUCUAACACCCCACUCUUCGUAUCUGAGGAAAAGGUGACAGUCUUUCUUUCAAAACUCUACUUGUACACUGGAUCCCUCCUCCUUUCUCCCCUAUCCUGUUUCUGGAUCCUCACAUCACCAUUUAGUCCUUCUUUUCUCUGUAUAAAUAUGGGAAAUGUCUUCUCUAGCCUAAAAAGAAAGGAAAAAGAUCUUUCCUGCACACCCUCAUGUUCCUUCCCUUCACAUCCAGACUUAGGUUUUUAGCCCCCAUUUCUUUACGAUGAGACGGAAAAGAAAACAAGCAAGUUUUUGGGUAUUGGACGUUCUUAAAUGCAUAGUUCAGACCAGAUGAACCCUUCAGAAAUGACUUCUGUUUUAAAAGACCACACUUAAAAAUACCAGUCUGUGAUGAAUUGAGAUCCCUGCAGAAUCGCACUAUCCUUUUUUUUUUUGAGUGUUUUAAGUAUUUUUGUAUGCUUCUUAAUAACUGUAAUGAAUUUGGAGGGACUGAAAAAGGUAAUUUUUAAAAGUUCUCAGGUAUUGAAUUAUUUAAUUGUUAAGUGUGAUGUUAACAUACAAUCAUUUUUAAAAUGUCAAAAUGCCUUUUAUUGUACAGAAUAUUUUAUUACCUUUGUAAUAUCUUUGUAUACAGUGACUUUUUUUCUUGGUAAUAUAA